GGCUACAUCAAAUCUUUAACGAAGGAUUAUUGGAUUCACUUCGUUGGAUUUAUUGCCAGCACCGAAUCCUCGGUACAAGCACAAUGACUCUGAACAAGGGUGACAAACUGCGGAACAUGGAUAAGAGAAGAGGAAGCAUGCCGUUUCCUAUGAAUCUGCCCAAUCUACACCGGAGAAGCAUGCCCGUGGACGACCGGGACUUGCGCGCCACGAUGCCACAGACCGGGCAAACCGACGAGCUGUCCAACCUCCUGCGCUGCACGUCCUACUCUCCUAACGAACAGCACCGGGGCAGCUGCGCGUCGGACUCCUCUGACUCCGUGAUCUCCACCAGCAGCGAAGCGGACUCUCAGGUGUACAAGGUGGUUCUCCUCGGGGAGCACGGCGUUGGAAAAUCCAGCCUGGCACGCGUCUUUGGAGGAGUUGAGGAUGCUGGUCACGACUGCGAUGAAGCAGGAAACACUUAUGACAGAUCUAUCGUGGUGGAUGAGGAAGAGGCAUCCAUUCUGUUGUAUGACAUCUGGGAACAGGAUAACAGCCAGUGGCUCAAGGAGCAGUGCAUGAGGAUGGGAGAUGCCUACAUCAUUGUGUACUCGGUGACAGACAAAUCAAGCUUUGAGAAGGCAUCAGAGCUGCGUAUCCAGCUGCGCCGGGCCAGGCAGUCUGAAAACAUUCCCAUAAUUCUUGUUGGCAACAAGAGUGACCUGGUGCGGUCCAGAGAAGUGUCUGUAGAUGAGGGGAGUGCAUGUGCAGUGGUAUUUGACUGCAAGUUCAUUGAGACGUCUGCGUCCCUCCAUCACAAUGUGCAGGACCUAUUCGAGGGCAUCGUCAGACAGAUCCGCUUGAGGAAAGACAGCAAAGAGGAGAAUGCACGACGCAUGGCUAACUGCAGGCGCAGAGAGAGCAUCGGCAAGAAAGCCAAACGGUUUCUGGGCCGCAUGGUCGCACGCAAGAACAAGAAGAUGGCUUUUAGGCAGAAGUCAAAGUCCUGCCAUGACCUAACGGUUCUCUGAGGAACAGAAGGGACAGAAGGACAUUUUUUUCUUUGGCCUCUGAAGACCAGACAAUGUGUGUGUUUUAACACUAACCCUAAUGGACUAAUAGAGAUGUACAGAAAUAUAUUUUUAUUUUUUAGACACCAACCAAAAGCAAAGAGAGGACUUAAGUAAAUAAAAUAUGGCUGACAUCAUUGAAGUCAUAAUGAAUGGUGAUAACAUGCAUGCAGCUUUGCAAACAUCGAUUUAUUUAUUAUUAUUUUUGUCUGCCUUAAACAUGUCUCUGUCAUAAUAUGAUCAGUAUUUAUGAAGAACCCACAAAGGCUUUUUUACUAAUGAGUUGCAAAGAUUGCCUUGCUGUUGGGUUACUGUUGGGCUCCUUUAUUGGAGGGAUUGAUGUAUAUACUGUAACGUGAAUGAUGCUGAAUGCAACAUACUGUACAUUAAAUUAUCCUAAAAGAUACGUUAAGGAUCGCAAUAUUAUAGGUCACUUGGAGUCACAUUUACUUGAAACGUGGUACGCAGGUUCGUGCCUCGGCCAAGUUACAUAAGACCAGUCACACAGCUGAGAGGAAAAACUCUGUUAUUCCAUGUUGUUCCAUAACAUUGAAUUCAGGUUGUGAAUGUAUGAGUCAAGCAAUAAGUUAUAUUAGUCUUGUGAACUUUGACAUUAUUUGGAAAUUCUUUGUUUACCUUGUUUUCCUUUUUUCAAUAAAAUACAAAAUCAAAAU